CCGGCGUUUGGCCGGGACAAGCACGAGUGGGAGCGCAGGGCCUCUGCCCGAGGGCUCCCGCCGAACCGCCGCGCCGCAGGCCCCCUCUGAAGGCGGCUGCCGGCCGCCGCCCCUCGCCAUGGAGCCGGGGAGCGGCCCCAGCGGAGGGGCUGCCGCUGCAGAAAUAAAAGGCGGAAGAAAAAAUCAAGAUUGGUAUUUGAAAAUUUCAAAACUAGCAUUGGCUUUUGCAAUUAUCCACUCAAAACCACCAGGGAAGAGUUGCAAAGAAUACACUGAGCACCUUGCCAAAACUCUAUCCAAACAAGACUUUGGAUGGAAGUCAAAAGUUGAAGUGCUGGAAGCUGAAGUUCUUCGAUUACGUCAGGAACUUCUUUUGAACAAGAUCUGUCCGAGAUUCUGCUUGGAAAAUGGAAAACCAAACACCUCUGCUGAAACUCUUCUGGAUCAGGAAUAUAUAAACUCUAUGAGUUACCCAAGCCAGCUAGAAGACUCUGGAUGUGAUGUCUGUAAUGACUAUGCAUUUGAUUCUUUAGGUAUAGCUUCUGAUUUUCACCAAUCUGAGCAUAAUGUCAACACUUCUAAACAUUGGUUGGAAGGAGUUCCCCCCGUGGGUCUUUGCUGUAUUAGCACGGAGGAAUCUCUGACUGCUCCAGUGCAGUUUUUGCAACAUCUGCUUGAAAUAAGAAAGCUGUCAGAAGGAAGAAUUCUUCAAGCAGACUUCAAAGAGCUUGAGAAUGAUUCUUUCACCGUAUGUGAUUCAGUGUCUCGGUUGCUUGAUGGACUGAUUGUUUUUUAUAACAGUCCUAAACUUCCAGUUUCAAAUUUUAUUACUGAAGCAGUUAGUGUUUUGAUCAGUUUAAUAACUGAUACUAAAUUAUCUAAUCAUGUUUUGAAGAAGUGUUUCAAGAAGCUGGAAGAAUUUAAGAAAAAUCUAAUUCAGAUUAUUUUAAGAAACAGCAGUGUCAAUAGGUUUCAGGCACUGCAUGCUGUAUCACACACACUGGUUUUGCUAGGAAGGAACAACAUACUAAGAAGUGCUUUAAUAUCCCUUCUACUAGCAGAAGUACAUCAGUUUGCUGAGCAGCUGUUGCAAGCUCACCAGAUCCAGGCAAUGUAUAACAUUACCCAGUAUGAGAAUAUUUUUCUUUUGUGCAUGAUUCUGGAACAACUUCUUCAAAAUGAGACAGAAGAAAGUAACGUUUCAAGCUCAGACUACGAUGGAGAGGAAAAAAUCAAAUUUCUGAAGAACCUUGAUCAAAUUAUUCUUCAUCUCUCAGAUGAAUUCCCUUUGUUUUCUUUGUAUUUAUGGAGAGUAAGUGUUCUUUUGAACUCAGCUCAAAUACAAGUUGAUUAAAACAAGCAGACUGCUUUUUAAUAGUGCAUUUAUUGUGGGAUUGCAUUGGAAAAUUCUCAAGCCAGACAGGAGAAUUGUUGUAAUUGGAAAAUAUUUACAUUAAACUACUAUGCUAUACAGCAGUUUCAGAGAUAAUGCGAUUUUUUUCCCAAUUUUAAAUACAGAAAAAUAUUUAAUAAUCCAGGUGCUGUUUUCAAUAAAUGCUUUUUCUCAUAAUGGAAAACGGUAAGUUGAUGUUUGUGUACACAGUGAAAAUGGCAACAAAGAAAGUGUUUCAGGUGAUGAUUAAAAUAAUAGCUAUGCAUUUUAAAGUCAAGACACAACGUGUGUUUAAAGCUUCCAAAUUAGGAAAGUAUUGCCUUUCUUUUAAGAGUUGUAUAGCUUCUGUGUGCUUUAGAGACAAUGGCUGGUUGGCAGAAACAAGAAUAUUUUAAAACUUGGUAACUUACUGCUGCAAAUUCUUACAGGAAAGUCUUGGUUUCUGAUUUAUUCAAAAGAGUCAUUAACCUGAGCAAACUAAAUCUGCUGCUCAGUUUUACAACUCCUACAUUUAUUGUAUACUGCUUGGCUUUACCCGCGUAGGCACAGUAGGCCUAAUUUGGUCCAAAUUGACUAAUGAUUUCAAGGAUCUAAUCUAAAUAAAUUUAAUUCAUUUCAUGAUUACUUUAAAACUUUCUGUUCAAAAUUAAUGAAUGUUGAUAAAAUCCCCUUUGAAUAUUUGUGUUAUCUGAUUUUUAAAUUUUUAUUUCUGUGUGAUGGAAUUACAUUCAUAGUAAUAAUCAAAGCAACAUAUUGUAACAGAAAUAAUCUUAAACAUAAAAGGCCUUUAAAAUAUGACUUCAGCAAUACCUUAACUGAUCCAGAGUCUUUGAUAAACUUAGAGGGUAAUUAUUAUGCUGAAUGGCAUUUUUUUCUAACAGAUAAACAACAUUGUAGUUUUAUGUCUCCUAAUAGUGCAUAUUCACUGUAAAUAUGAAAAUAUUUUUAGCAUUAGUCCUUAUCCUUCCCCUUGCACUUCUUUCAUCGGAUUGAUUUUUAUGUCAUAAAAAUUAUCUGAAACACCACUUUUUUAAAAAUGUAAGUGAUUUAUCUUGUUAAUUUGAAUGCAUUUAUUUCAGAUAAUAAAACUUUGGUUUCUAUAUAUGUAAAAUGCACUAGUAUUUACAAAAGUUUACAAAACAAGGUACUUUGAUUGAAUUGGCUCCCUAAAGAAUGAUUCUUAUACUUCUUUAUACACUGGCCACUGCUUUGUUUCUUAAACUUCAUAUUUGGUAU